AUGGGUUCGACCUGCUCUUGUUUCUUCCCUUCUUCUUUUCCUCUCUCGUAUUCGUUCGUUUCACCACAAAAGAUUGCAACAAAAGAUCAUGAUGGGGCGGCUAGACUUCAGGCUGGAGCCGCGGGGCGCGGCACGGCAGAAGCGACCCCCCUUCAUUGCCUCAAAAAGCGAAGCGGUGUAUCGCGUGGACGGGUAUCUCCUUCCGAGACCCGUUCUCAUGAGCCGAAUCUAGCAAGGUGCAGAUGGCUCUUUCAAGUUUGGCGAGGCGGAGGCAGAUCUUGA